UGGUUUGAAAAGCUUUAUAUUCGAUGUUCCAAUCUAAUGAAUUGGAAAUUACAAAGCUGACUUCAUAUCAUAAAUGCCAUUGAAAAAUAUUUGCUUUCUUCUGGAAACCAAUAUAAUUCCUAAAUUAAAUCCGAAUGGCUAAAGUACGAUUAUUUGAUAUAUCUUUACAAUAUGGUACGAUUACUUUAUACAAUAUGGGCAUUGAUGCUCAACAGCUUAAAUAUAUCGAUAUUUCCAACGUGUUUCGCUAAUGCUAUGGAAGACGAAUACGGUCCUCUAAUAGCAAGUCCACCGGUUACCAAAUUUUUAAUUUUAACAAGUGUCUAUGUUAUCGUCGUCAAUUCCACAAUAUUUCCGCAAUCUUUUCGACCACCAAAACCUAUCUUUAUGUGUUUGUACGAGUUUCUAGUAACAGCAUUCUUUUUGGAAUUUGCAAUCGCCUGUGUGUGGACACCGAUAGACGUACUCGUCUUAAGCACGUUGCCAAAGAAUAUUUGUCAUGUAACGUAAUGAUGUCUGCUCUAUCCUUUUUAUUUUAAU